AUGGCUGCCGCUGACUUUCAGUCUGGCUUCCAGUCCGACGCCGAUGAGGACUUCCCCCCAGCUUCAACCCUUCAUUCCUCUUACUCAAGGCAGUACCAGCCCUCUCGUCCGCUGAUUGAAUCUGCUCGCAACGGAUGGCAGUCACAAUCUCGCAUUAGCCAUCGCCAUUCUAGCUCACCUUCUGGCGAAGCGGAGCUCCCAAAAUGGACGCAGAUGAUACAAUCGAUAGUAUCCGCACCGCGAUUCCGGCGUUAUGCGCUGAUAUACCUAUCAUUCUUCAUUGUCGCAUGGCUAGGAUGGCGAACUUUCCUCUCGCCCCGGUUGCAAGAGAGAAAUUCAAUAUUGAGCUCCCUGGAUCCGGACUCAAGACCCGGCACGGUAGGACGAUUUGGAGCCAAUUCGAUGCCUCAGUUCAACGACCUGGUUCACAUUCAAAAGUUGAACCCGGAUUUAGUGCCCGUUGAUCUGGCGGGUGUUGAUGCGGAUUCGAAGAAAAGAAAACGAUUGAUCAUUGUGGGUGAUGUACAUGGCUGCAAGGAGGAGUUGGAAAAGCUUCUUGAGAAGGUGAAAUUCAAUCAAAGGGGUGGUGAUCACUUGAUCUUUGUCGGCGACAUGAUCAACAAGGGACCAGACAGUAUAGGAGUCGUGGACCUCGCUCGACAGUAUUCGGCCUCCAGUGUGCGCGGCAAUCAUGAAGAUCGGAUACUUCUUCGUCGACGUGAGAUGAUCAGGACUAAGAGUCUUGGUGAGUUGGACGACGCGACAACCUCAGAUCAUUCGUCUAGAGAACUCAGUGAGCGCGCACUCGCGCGUUCUUUGAGUGACGAGCAAGUUCAAUGGUUAGAGAAGUGCCCGGUGAUCUUGGAUGUUGGUCAAGUACCAAACAUGGGUCAGGUUGUGGUCGUUCAUGCAGGACUGGUGCCGGACAUUGCACUGGAGAAGCAAGACCCAGUCAGCGUAAUGACCAUGAGAACAAUCGACUUGGAUACGCAUGUGCCUAAUUCGAAAAAGAAGGGCACGAACUGGGCAAAGAUGUUUGAUAAACAUCAAUCAGUACUGUACUCAACUCUCGAAUCUACGAGCGAGAACCCGCGCGCGAAAACAAUGACGGUUGUCUAUGGUCAUGAUGCUCACUCUUCCCUUUCUAUCCGAACGUUCACAAAGGGCCUUGACUCUGGAUGUGUGAAGGGUGGUAAGUUGACGGCUCUGGUCAUCGAGGAUGGUGGGAAACAGAGCAUUGUGCAAGUUUCCUGCCGUGGGUACGUCAAAGACUAG